UGGGAAAGCAGAAGAAUGAUGAAGCUACUGUUCCUUCUGAUCUUUUGGAUUCCACGUCAGAUUCUUUCCUACCUGAAACAGAUCUGGUCACGCAAACGCUACCCGCCAGGGCCGCUUCCACUUCCUGUGAUGGGAAGUAUGUGGCGGCUGCUUGGGACUGGCAUUUCAGAGACGACUUUCAGAAAGCUUGCCAAGCAAUAUGGCAACAUCUGUUCUCUGUGGGGAGGCCCUUAUCAUAUUAUAAUCCUCUCUGGAUACCAAGCUGUGAAACAAGGACUAAUUGACCAUUCACAAGCCUUUGCUGAUCGUCCAGUCACACCUUUUGUUUUAGCUUCCACUCAAAAAAGGGGUAUUGUCUUUUCAAAUGGUCACACCUGGGAGCAGCAAAGACAGUUUGGUGUUGUCACCAUGAGGAAGUUGGGACUGGGGAAUAAAGGCAUGGAAUCGCAAAUCGAAGAGGAGGCCCAACAACUUGUGGAAUUCUUUGCUGAGACAAAGGGACAGCCAUUUGACCCAUUCCUCCCCAUCGUGAGAUCAGUUUGCAGUGUGAUUUGUGCUAUUGCUUUUGGACAUCAUUUUUCCAACAACGAUCAAGACUUCCUGGAGUUAGUGAAAGCCAUUUCGAUCGCCUUAAAAUUUGGAAGCAGUAUCUUCUACGUACUCUAUGAGGGUUUCCCACAUAUCAUGAAGCAUCUGCCAGGCCCUCACCAGACUGCCCUAUCUGCUCUGGAGACGAUAGUUUCGUUUGCCAGGAAGGAAAUUAUACUGCAUAAGGAGAACAGGAAUUUGCAUGAACCACAGGAUUUCAUUGAUUUUUAUCUAUUUCAAAUGGAGAAAAGGAAGGAUGAUCCCAAUUCUACUUAUAAUGAGGAUAAUUUGGCUCACUGCAUAGCUGACCUCUUUAUUGCUGGGACAGACACAACUUCCGCCUCCCUGACAAGUGCAAUGCUUCUCAUGGCAAACGAUUUGGAUAUACAAGAUAAAGUUCACCAGGAGAUGAAUGAAGUUUUUGGUUCUUCGCCCUCAAUCUCUUACAAAGAACGGAAAAAACUGCCUUAUACCAAUGCUGUGAUUCACGAGAUCAUACGAAAAAAAUAUGCUUUUCUAUUUGGGCUUCCAAGACAAUGUGUACAGGAUGUUUAUCUGAACGGUUUUCUCAUUCCUAAGGGUGCUGUCAUUUUUCCAGACUUACGUUCUGUUCUUUUGGAUCCUGAACACUGGGAAGCACCUGAAGACUUCAAUCCAAAUCAUUUUCUGGACAAGGCAGGAAAUUUUGUAGAAAAAGAUGCAUUUCUUCCCUUUGGAGCAGGAGCUCGUGCCUGCUUGGGGGAACUCCUAGCAAAGACUGAGUUCUUCAACUUUUUUACCAAGCUGCUGAGGACAUUUAAGUUGGAGCCACCAAGAGGUGUAGAAAAGACACGGAGUAUCCGGGUGAAUAUCCUGGGGGAAAAGUUAGCCUAA